CUUUGAAUGCUAUAGUUCUAAUUCUUUGAAAAUUGAAAAUAUUUUUAAAAAGAAAAAGCUUAGCUUGGCUUAAAAUAAAAGAAAAUAAAUUUAAUUUUUUUUUAUUUUUGUUUUUUUCUUUUUUUUUGUAAUUUUAAAUUGACCGUGAAUUUCAUAUACGUACACGAUCAUUUUUAAUUAGUUCAGAUUUUUAUAACCGUUCUAUUACUGUUCUAUUACCGUUUAUAUCGUUGUAUAUAUACAUACUAAGAAAAAAAAUGGUUAUUUAUAAAAAUUUUGAUGAAGCACUUCCGCAUUUAGAUGCAUGGCUUAAAACUCAACCACAUUUACCAAUUAUAGAAAAGAAUGUUAAAGAAAGAUUCUUAAAAAUAUGUGAUCUUGAUAUGGAUAAAACAAAAAAAUUAAUUGAUACUAAUUAUACAAUACGUAAUUCAUAUCCAAAUUUAUUUAUGGAACGUGAUCUUAAUAGUUCAACAAUGCAAUCAUUAUUGGAUGUAUUAGAUUUUGUUGUACUGGAAAAAUUAGAUGCUUAUGGUAAUAGAGUAGGAUUAUGUCGAUUAGGUGAUCCUGAUCCUGAUAAAUUUCUAUAUACAGAACUUACAAAAUUAUUUUUAAUGUAUACGGAUGCACAUACUGCAUCUUCUGAGAUAGCAAAUAUUGGAAAUGGAGAAGUUAUUAUAUUUGAUAUGAAAGGAUUCACUUUAAAACAUUUAUCAAAAUAUAAUUUCACAACAUUAAAAGCAUUUUUACGUUUUGCUACUGAAGGAAUAUCAUCAAAAAUAAUUGCUGUUCAUAUGAUCAAUUGUCCAACAUAUAUUGAUAAAAUUUUAGCAAUAUUAAAACCAUUUAUAUCUGCAGAAUUAUUUAAAUUGUUACAUUUUCAUCAACCAAAUUCAGAAACCCUAUAUGAAUUCAUUGAAAAAAGUAUUUUACCAAAUGAAUAUGGUGGAAAUGGUGGAACAAUGGAAGAAUUAAAGCAACGUGAAGUGGAAAUUUUAAAAUCAAAAAGGGACUAUUUAAUGGAUCCAAAGUAUUGGAAGAUCAAUGAUGAUAAAAGACCAAAAAAUCAACCGAAAAAUUAUGAAAUGGAAGGACAAUUUCGACAAUUAUGUAUUGAUUAGAAUUAAAAAAAAAUUAUAUAAUAUUUGUUAAAAAUUUUAUUUUAAAUUCAGAACUAUAAAUACAUAAAUAAUGUAAAAAAUUUAUAAAUACGUAAAUAAUGUAAAAUAUUUAAUAAAUUAUGUAUGUAAUUAUAAAAUAAUUAUAGUAUUACUAAGAAUUUGUUUCUAUCAUUUUGUAUUAAAAUUCUUUUUUGUAAUUUAAGAAAGAAAAAUAUGGUAUGGUACUUGUUAUUUUCUUGAAAUUAAAAUUUUCAAAUUGCACAAGACACAAAUACCAUAUUUUAAUUAAUAUAAACGAACAUUUUUUGUACAAUAAAUGUUAAAUUAGAAUUCACGAAAUUUUAUAAUAUAUUGUAAUAAAGUAUAUAAUUGUAAAAUAAUUAACAGCUACCAAAACAAAUAUAUUUUCCAAAUGUUUAGACAAUUAAUGUAAAUUUAAUUAAAAUAGAUUUAUGGCAAUAAUAUACACGUAAUGUAGGUUAUUAUAAGUAAAAUUGAAAACAAAAUAAUUAAUUUCCC